AUGAAUAUCUUGUCGAUUAAUAUAAGGGGUGUGACCGGGUCGGGUAAAUCGGACUGGGUUAGAAAAUUGAAAAAGGAUUGGAGGUUUUCGUUUCUGGGCAUCCAGGAGACUCACCAAGCUGGUCUCCCGGACCAGUUUUGGAAUAGUUUCUGGGAUAGGUCUCCCAUGGAAGUGGUGACGGUUGACGCGGUCGGUCGGUCGGGAGGUAUGGCGUGUCUCUGGGACCCCGGGGUUUUUUCGGUUGAUAACGUGGUCAAGAACCAGAACUUUAUUCUUAUUACGGGUCGUGUUAAGGGUGUGGAUAUUGUCCUGAACUUGUUAUGUGUCUACGCCCCUAAUGAUCCUGGUAGAAGGAGACUGCUUUGGGCUAAUUUAAUCAAUCUGAAGCCGCAUUUUUCAGGCGUGUGGGUAGCCUUCGGAGACUUUAACGAUGUCAGGUACAAAGAGGAACGAGUGAACUCUAUUUUUGAUUCUUUGGCUGCCUCAGCAUUUAACGAUUUCAUACACACUAUGGGAUGGCUGGAAUACCCGUUGUCGGGGGGUAAUUUCACGUGUAUUUCGGGGCACCGAGAUGUUAAAUUAAGUAAACUUGAUAGGUUUCUUGUGUGUGACGAUUUCAUGAAUAAGUGGCCUCUUGCCAAAGUCAACGUUCUCCCAAAAGGGCUCUCGGACCACUGCCCAAUUUUUCUCUCCUGUAUUAAUUCGGAUUACGGCCCACCUCCCUUCAAGUUUUAUAAUAGUUGGCUAGAUGUGCAAGAGGUAAAUAGAGUCAUUACCAGGGCGGUGGGGGAGAUAUCUACGAUCGAGAACGGUGUCGUGGCAUUGGCUAAUGUGUUGAGAUUAAUUAAAAGUAAGCUGAAGGAGUGGAAGGAAAGAUCGAGGGUUAUAGAAGAAAAAGAUGCCAUUGUCCUGAGGAAGACUUUAGCUGAUCUCGAAAAAAUGGCAGAAGUCGCUAGGCUUAGUGAGGAGGAAAAGAAAAUCAGAUUGAACUUCACUUCAAAAUUAAAGGAGAUGGAAGUUAAAAAAAACCAAAGAUUGGCAGCAAAAGGCUCGGAUCAAAUGGUUGAAAUAUGGCGACGACAAUUCAUCUUUUUUUCAUCACGUGGCUAA